AUGAAAAGCUUCGAUACGGUGCAUAAUCCAUCGGCGGUGGAAUACUGUGGCGCCAACUUCGACGAUGAUGGUCGGGAGAAGAGAACGGGGACGUUGAUGACGGCGAGUGCGCACAUAAUCACUGCGGUGGUAGGCUCAGGAGUGUUGUCGUUGGCUUGGGCUAUAGCACAACUUGGUUGGGUGGCAGGAAUAGUGAUUCUUGUAACUUUUGCCGUCAUCAAUUACUACACAUCCACUAUGCUCGCUGAUUGCUAUCGGUCGGACACCGGAACACGCAAUUGUACUUACAUGGACGUCGUCCGAGCUUACCUUGGUGGUAGGAAAGUGCAGUUAUGUGGACUGGCACAAUACGGAUGUUUCGUAGGGGUCACUAUUGGUUACACCAUCACUUCCUCCAUAAGCCUAGUGUAA